AUUUUAGUGUGACUAUCAGCAGGAAGUUGUUUUAUUUAUGUUUUUUGACAAUAUUUCUUUCGAAAUUUUAAAUGUUACAGAUCACAGCUUUGAUUUUCAUCUUGAUCUUACAAUGUGAAUUAGUUGCAUCAUUUUGUAAACAUGAGGAGUUAACAGAGAGGAAAGAGUCAAUAGACAUUCCAUUCAUUCGACCUGCUGUCUAUUGUCAGCAAUGGUUUAUACGUAUACAACCAACUUCAUGGGAGUCAACUUCACAGGAGGUGGUAACUGUCAGCUUUAGUCAAAUAAAUAUAGGUCAAAGGUCAUCUGAUGGUACAUGUGGCAGUAACUACUUAACAAUUGGGGGACAAGCAAUAGGGGGACGACAGCUCUGUGGAAGCCAAACACCAUUUGUAUACAUAUCUGAUAUGUAUGAUACAAAAGUAUUGAUUAAAUAUUACCAAAAUACAUCUGUAGCAGAUGUAGGAUUUACUGCAAAGUAUACAAGAGGUUACAUGCGUUUGUCAUCAAAAUGUGAAGAAGAUGAAUAUAAAUGUUCUAAUGGGAAAUGUAUCUACAAUAGCUGGAGAUGUAACGAUGCUAAUGAAUGUGGGGAUAACAGUGAUGAGAUUGGCUGCCCUACAAAAAAGACAACACAAGCUCCUACAACAACCAAACAACACCUAUGUGAACCUGGUGAGAUAAGCUGUAAAUCUGUAAAUUGGUAUAAUAAUAUAUGUGUAGACCCAAGUGAUCAGUGCGAUGGACAUAACAACUGUAUGUAUGGGGAGGAUGAAUCUAACUGUGCAACAAAAAGACCAGUGUGUGACAGAUCACAGAUUUUAUGUCGACCAAUUUACAACCAUCAAAGAGAGGAAUGUUUAGACAGUCACUACAAAUGUGAUGGGAAAAUCAAUUGUUUAGGAGGGGAGGACGAAAACAGUUCCUUAUGUGGUUAUACUACUGUCCCAGAUGGCUGUCAUGGAAAAGAUAUUUUAUGUAGAUCCAGUAGAACAUGGCAGGCAGUUUGUUUGUCAGAGAAGUAUAUAUGUGAUGGAAAUAAAGACUGUUUCUCUGGAGAAGACGAGGAUGACUCUAUCUGCAGUCAAAAUAAUUGUAACAAAGAUAUUGAAGUAGGACGUUAUGGAGGAUUCGUCACAUCACCAAGAUACCCGAACAGUUACCCUGACAGUAUGGAAUGUGUCUGGAAUCUUCACACAACAAAAACAUCGGGAAUACAGAUACGCUUUCAAAGCUUUAAGUUACAAGAUACAGAAAAUACAGACUAUCUGACAGUAUACGAUGGUCCAGACAGCUCGUCUAGGCUUAUUAAUACUUACUAUGGUCUGAACACACCACCAUUAGUGAUUGAAUCAACGUCAAGUGAUUUAACUAUUGUUUUCUAUUCUGAUUCAUUUGUCAAAGAAAAAGGAUUUAAUUUUACAUAUCAAAAUAAAGGAAACUGUCUUGCAGAGCAGGUCCUUUGUGGAAGAGAAAGGGAUUGUUAUGACACACACCAUAAGUGUAAUGGUAUUUGGGAUUGUCCUUUAUCUGGAUACGACGAAAAAAAUUGUUAUAAAUGUGGUGACCAGUUUACAUGUGGACCACACAUCAAUCAGUGUUAUGAAGCCAAACAGAGAUGUAAUGGUGUAGGACAUUGUACCAACAUGAUGGAUGAACUUUAUUGCUCUUCUACACAAUGUGGACCCCACAAUGGAACAUUUUUGUGUGAUAAUAGGAGAUGUAUAUAUGAGACAUGGAAGUGUGAUAAAACAAACGAUUGUGGUGAUAACAGUGAUGAAUUUGAUUGUAGACAUACCAGUAACUUGAUAAAGAUAGCAGCUGUGUGUGGUGCUUUGAUUUGUGGACUACUUCUUGUAGUAGCUUUAGGGUGUACAUGUAAACUCUACAAUCUUAGAGUACACGGUCACAGACAAAGACAUGAAACUCCUUUGUCAAGAUUGUAUUCAGAAUUCAUGAGAAGACGUGCUCCUCCUCCGUAUCAUGAGGCCAUGCUCACAUCUAGACCUUAUGAUGAAGUUAGACGAGAUUACCUUGAACAUCUACAGCAGACAGGAAACAGACCUCCAUCAAGGAGAGGAAGACGUACUCGCAACAGAAAUCAGUCACAAACAGGAACAGGAAAUGUUGAGGGAGAAUCUCAAAAUACAUCAGAUAAUGCUGAUAACAGGGAACCAGAGGAACAAGAUGGUCUUGCAGAGGCACAGAACUCUGUCAAUACAGAUUUCGAAAGACAAAAUUCGAAUUCUUUACUUAUUCUUCCAGAAAGUAGUUCAGACGAGUCCGAAAGUGACGAUAAUCAAAAUGAUUCUGUUCAAGUGAGCAUCUCUGAGGAAAAUGUUGUUACAGCCUGUUACAGGAGAAGCAGCCAAAAUAAUAAAACAGAAUCUGACAGUGAAGACGUCGACCAAUCACAUUCUACCCUACCAGAUCCUGAUUGUCAAUCAGCUGAUGUCUGUAGUGUAGACGCUACAACCAUAGCAUCAUGUGAUAGUAUUGAUGAAGCUUCUGACAAAACUAUUGACAUUGUAGUUGAAACUCUUCCACGAAGACGUAAUAAUUCAGAAGGCUCUCUCAACUCUAACGAAUCGGCAGACAAUAAUAGUUAUGGUGAAUUUACAAUAGCUGAGAAUGUGAUUUGAUUAAAUGUCAAAUUCCAUACUGUGAAAGAUGUGAUAAUAUUUUUUAUAAAAAACUUUUGUGACAUAUCUUUUAAAGAAAAGUUAUUUACAUUUUAAAACUAUACUUGUUUUGAUUAUACUUUAUUUUAGUUUUUGAAAUUUGCUUUCCUCUAGUAGGAAAUUGAUUUUAGAGAAUUUGAUUUAUUCUACUCCAGUUUAUAACUAGAAUUUACUUAUUAUUUUAAUCAUAAGACAAGAUCUUUUUUUUUUUAAAUAUUGAUGAUUUUUUUAUUUUUUAAAUACCAAAACUUUGAAGUAAAUGUACUUAAGAUUGAGAUAAAGCUAGAAUUUUAUAUAUAAAAAAUGUGAUUUGCAUUUAUAUUGAUAAGAUAUAUUAAAUAUAUUAAAUAUUGUAUAGUUAGGAGAAGCGCGGACUAUUAAACUGUUUGUCUUAUUUAUUUUUUAAUUGUGUGUCUGAUAAAACAAAUUUUAAUUUCUGCCAAAAAAGAAUUGCCUGCUCUCAAUGCAUGUACCAAGCUUCCACAUUUUUUUUUUAAUUGUUUGAUAGAGACGAUUAGCUUAAUUACGUUAAAAAUCCUACUGGCAUGCAUUCCCAACUUUCUUGACAGCUUAAUGAAUCUUUGUUAACAACAAUUUAAGAUAUUAAGACUUUAUUACAUACCACAUCUUUUUUUUUUAUAUUUAUUCUUAAAUAAAAAUACAAUAUUAUUUGUAUAUUCAUUGUACAUGUAGAAUUAUGUUAAAAAAAAAUCACAUGCAUUUAUCAGCAAAAGCAUAAUUAAGUAGAUUUAACUUAGGAUAAUGUAAGCUUUGGUAUGGGCUUUGCUCAUUGUUGAAGGCUGUAUGGUGACCUAAAGUUGUUUACUUCUGUGUCAUUUGGUUUCUUUUAAAGAGUUGUAUCAUUGGCAACCAUAUAUACCACAUCUUCUUUUUUUCAUUUUUACAAGAGAUUGACUUGUCAGGUCACUUAAAAUAGAUUUUGAUAUUUUGUAUUGUCAAUUGUAAGACAAAAAAAAGGUAGAAGUUUCAUUUUUCAAUAAAUAUCACAAGUCUGUGGAAGAGAACCAUUAUUUUUUUUAUUGUGUAUGACUGUCUCAUUGAUAUGUUAUUCCAGACUGCAUAUAACCUCUACUUGUCCAUUCCAUUGUUAAAUUCUAUUUUUACACUCUUGUAUAAUUUUAUGAUAUUUUCAAAGAUCUCAAAACUUUUCUUUUAAAUGAGAGACGUUUUUAGAAACAUUAUCAUUUAUUGACAAUUUAGUUUGUUUAGAAAAUGUUUAGCAAAUGCCAUAAUUUUCUAUUUACAUGUUGGAUGAAAUGUGUUAGGAAAAUUUGUAUGAUUUUUCUGUCAUAAACGACAAAUUUUAAAAAUAGAACUGAAAUAUGUAAACUUUUCUCUAGGGGACAAAAUGCAAAUAGAUAUUAAUGUUAAACCGGUAAUGCUAUAAACAAAUUAAAUUUUAUGCGUAAUGAUAAAAGAUAUUAAAUAUCAGUUUCUGAAUAUUUGCCCUGAUGAAAGAAUCUUUCCAUUACUACCAUUUAUGAAAUAAUUCAAUUCUUUUUAAAGGACAUACAUAGAUAUUUCUUCGAAUGACAGUGUUAGCUAUCACAUAAACAAUACUAUUUAUUUAUCAUAAGACAGAUUCUAUUUUAUUGGAAGAUGUCUGUGGCUAUUUAGUUAUCAGAUAUAUGCCAGAAACCCUUGACCUUAUUUAAAUAUUACAAACUACUUAUUAAUUCUGUUCCUGACUAAUCAUACAGUAGACUGUCUUGGUAAUUUUUUUUUUUUAUUAUCAUAAAGCUUUAGCUAUCUAGCAUCCUGGGAAAAAAGUUUUGAGAAGGGUCUAUAUCACUAAUUGUCUCUUGACCAAAUAAGGGAUGCUCAUGUAUCCUAUUGAUAGGAAGGUACUGAGCAUGUGCUACACACAUAUAGUAGUAUGUGUUUUGAAUAAGAAAAAAAAUAUUCAAUUUAUGAUAUAAGCUCCUAGCCAAAAUUUAACUAUCAAUACUUUAAAUCGUAUGGUAAAUCAUACCUGGCUACAUGAUAAACCUUUCUAUAUGUGCAUUCAUAAUUAAUAUAUGUACAGUGUACAUUUCUCAUUAUAAAGUUGUUAUAUCAUUAUUGAAUAAAGUUGUUAUCAUUACUCUAUCUUUUAUUUGUUUGUUUAGAACCCUAAUAGAAUACAGCUGCCAAUUUAGAGCCAUAAUAUGAAAAAUGACAGCUUAUUAUUUCUGUAUUACCAUUAAUAUGUAAUAUAUUAAGUUUAAACAAUGUUGUAAAAUUAAAGAUAAAUUAUAAUUUUUGUUGUGAAGCUGAAUUGACAUUUGUAAGAAUAUAUACUUCAACAAUGGGUUUUUUUCUUUAUUUUUUUCUGUCUUUUAAGUUGAAUUAAUUCUGUAAGCAAUUUCAACCUCCCAUCUCAAUAUAUUGGAAUACUUAUAGAUACAAGCAUUAAAUUACUUUAGGAAAAUCAAAUUCUCAAAUGUUGAUUUUUUUUUGCAUGCAAAAAAAAAUAGCUGUAGCAGAAAUAUGAUAGCCCUAGACACUGUCGAAAUAAUUUCUGUGUCUAGUUAAAGUCUAUGUAUUACUUAAAACUUUUCAGUUCCUUUCUUUUAUGAAGAAAAUGUCUAAGGUUUUAGAAACACAACUAUUUUUAAAAGUGGCCUUAGACUAUUAAACCAAUUAUAGAGACAUUUGUAUAUUUUAUUUUUAAUUUUGUUGUAGUUGUUAUUUAAAGUUGUAUAUGUUUGUUGUUACUUUUAAAUUUUGUUUCUUUUUUUGUUUUCCUCCUUUUUGUUAUAUUAUUAAAUGAUAUAACCAGAAUAGUACACAUACAUAUACACCAAGUACAAAUAUGUAAAAUCAUUUAUAAUGCAUCAUGUAUUUGAUUUUUUUUUUCAGUGAAUCCUUUUAUCUGAUAUUCAAAUGAUUGAUACAUGUAAUAGUAAAAAAAUAUAUAGUGCUGUAGACACUUAAACAAAAUCAUUUUGGUAUUUUUUUGUUCCUAUUGCAGGAAUAAAUUGUUUAUUGAUUUAUGAUAUAGAUGAUUAUGAUGAGUUUUUAUUUUACUUUUGAUAAGAAUCACUGUUACUUUUCAACUUGAAUCAAGUUGACCUAAUUAAAUUGAAUUAGAUAUUUAAUUGUGAGUGAAUCAUUCAUAUAAUUUUAUACCAAGUCAUCAAUUUGUUGCUGGGUUAUAUGAUCAUUGUUUAUAUAAAGUACUUAAUUCAAAUUUUCAGACAACACACUGGAAAUUUGCAAACAAUUUUAAAGGAUAAAAUGAGAUUGAUUUAUCCUUGUGAUUUUCCUAAAAAAAGACUUUAUUUUGUUUGAAAUCAUUUAUCUAUUUACACAUCACUCCCUUGUAGCCUAUAUUCUAUAAUUUGAUUAUGAAAGAUGAAAAUUUAAAUAAGAAUAUACCAUCAUUGUACAACAAUCUCUCAUAACAUGUUGAUUUUAUAAUAAAGGAUGUAGGCUUAA